CUUGUUCCUUAACCCACUCAGUUCUCAGACCCUGGGCUUCAUUAACGGCACCUCGGAUCACCGACCGGCCUCGGGGGUUACUGUUGAUGCCCUCACCGCUCUCCACCAUGAUCCUGUACCUGCUCUACCUGGUCCUUAUCCUCAGUAAUGUGGAAUCACAAACAGUCAACGUGACAGGACACGGAGAGUUGAGCAAAUUUGAGGGGAACGAAACAUUCAUAGAGUCCACCACUAACAACAGUACAAUGAAACCUGACAACGUGACAUCCAGUUUGUACAAAGAUGAGAAGAAUCUGAUUGAGGAUGCACUGCAAAACAACCAAACAGAUACUUUUAUCAGAGAGGAAGAUGAGAAUUUUCAGGACCAGAAAAAAAAGUUCCUCAGCAAGCGCUGCAAUGAGAGCGAGCUGGUAUACUUCAGUUACAACUAUUGUGGUGUAAUUUUUGACAUGGAAAUGACAUCAAUCAGCACAGAAAAGUGGUGUAUCCUGGAAGAUAUCAUCAGACCGUACUACAGCAUGACGAACUGCUUGGAGAAGAUGUCAGACAUUUUCGACUGUAAUUACCCAGACCACAACAUUCAGAGCUUCUUCCUCUACAUCCACUCUAACUACUUCCACAACUGCUCGCGUGAGGAGCUGCCUCCGCUCGUGGAUGCUCCUCAGGGGGUCGUGAUCGUCCUCACUCUCAUCCCCGUCAGCCUCAUCCCCGUACUGGUUUAUCUGGUGGUUUGGAAAAGUAAUGUACAAAAGUGAGUCAUGUUAGAUCUGCACCAUCAUUCUACAAAAAAAAAAAAAACAACUGAACUCACACUACAUGUUAUACACAUGUAAGGAUGUGCUCUGUAUGUUUAUACAUUAUUUAAAGUUUUGUUUAUGUUGAAUAAUCCAGUCAGGUAGAAAACUAAAACCUGGAUCAUUUUUCUGUGUUGUGUUCAGACACACGUGUGUUUAAACCUCUGAAAAUUGGUUAGAUUUCUUUGACAACACAGAAAAAAGUGAAAGAAGUGUAUCAGCAUCUUGGUAAUAAAACGUUUCUCCAAUUGCAAAACAUAUUAGUAAAAGAUGCCAAGAAACUGGCCUGAAAAAUAUCUGUGUGGGAUUAUCAGAUAUUAUCAAAAAACUGGGGGAAAAUGUGUGAGUAUACACACACACACACACACACACAUAAAACAUAAUGUCAUGUGUAUACACAAUUCCUUUUCAUAUAACUUUUUUAAAAAAUAAACAUAAAUGAGACUUUC